AUUUUCAACUGUUAGUUCAAAUCUGACAAGACACGUCAUAAUAAUCCGUUUUUCAGAGUUUUUUUCCUAAGGUAUUUUCUCCUAUAUUAAAUAUGUACAUUUAUGUAGUAUCCUUCAUUAUAUUGGUAUAUUGUAAUAAUUCCUCAUUGGCAUGGGACUCUGAACAAUUGGAAGUUUUUGACACCGUGGACGAAGUCAAACAAAAUUUUUAUGAUUUUUUAAACAUCUCUCAAAAUGCCACCAACCUCGAAAUCAGAUCGGCUUAUAGAGGACUCACAGUUAAACUACAUCCUGACAAAAAUAAAGAUGUUGACACAUCUGAGCAAUUUCGUAACUUAGUAUCAGUGUAUGAAGUACUCAGAAGCAGUACUAAGAGAAAAUACUAUGAUGAGGUUCUUGUCAAGGGAUUACCUAACUGGAGAUCAGGCCUGUUUUACUACAGAUUUGUUAGAAAAAUGGGUGUUGCAGAAGUUUUGGCCAUUCUGUUUGUUAUAAUUUCUAUUGGUCAAUAUCUGGUGAAUUGGGGUGCAUACUUGGAAAAAAAACUGACACUUCAAGAUCAAAUAUCUAAGAAGAAAAAGUCAAAUAAAAAAGCUAGGGUUGAUGAACUAGACAUUGUCAUACCAAAACCUUCUAUCCUAGAUACUCUGCCAGUACAAAUCCCUUGCCUAAUAUGGUACUUGAUAACAUCUAUGCCAACAGCAUUGGGUUUAAUAAAAAAAGCAGUGGAAGAGAAAAUUGAAGAGGCAAAUAGAGAACCUACUCCAGAACCAGAACCAAUUGUUAAAGUUAAAACUGUAAGGAAACGUAACAAAUUUGUGGUUCCAGAAGGACCCAACUUUGAAAUGCAGAAGACCAGUGCAAACCAAACUGCUAGUGAGUCCACUGCUGCACCUAUAUCAGGGGGCCUAUGGACAGAUGAUGACCUAGGAGAACUCAUCCGUCUAGUCAAGAAACACCCUCAAGGUUCUGCUGCCAGGUGGGAAAAAAUUGCUGAGGCUCUCAUGAGGUCUGUGCCAGAGGUGACUUAUAUGGCAGCCAAAAUGAAAGAAAAUGGAUACAGAUUACCUUCAGAGCAAGAAGAGGAAAUUGUAGUGAAAGUGAAGCAAAAAACUAAGAAAGAUGUUGAUAAGGGUGAAGGGGUCUUGAAUUGGAGUCAGGAUCAGCAGAGAGCUUUAGAAGAUGCUUUGUUGAAGUUUCCAAAAGGUUGUUCUGAUAGGUGGGAUAGGAUAGCUGAACAAGUUUCUGGAAAAACUAAGGAGGAAUGUAUGAUGAGAUUUAGGUUUCUGGCAGAAGAUCUAAAGAAACGAAAAGAAAACCCAGAAAGUGAUGAACAAUUGAAUCAGUAAAAUAUAUAAUUUUGAAAUUGGCUUUACUGUGACUUUUUAUUUGAGGAAAAACAAAAAAAUUGUCAUAGAUAUGCUUCAGAAAUAUUGAAUGUUUUGAAAGGUUGUGAAUGAAAGGCUAAACAA